AUACUUGAAGAAAUUAUUCCUAUCGAUCAGCCACUGUUUACAACUUUUGUGCACGUUUUUGAAAAAAAAAUGACGGUGGAAUUGAAGAAAUUUCUCUAUGGAUUAUUGAGCGAUAUAGAAGGCCUGCAUAGUAUUUUAGUUACAGACAGGGAUGGGGUGCCUGUUCUAUCUGUAGCAGAUGAGAAAGCACCUGAAUUAGCUUUGAAACCUAAUUUUUUAUCUACUUUUGCGAUGGCUACAGAUCAAGGAAGUAAAUUAGGUCUUGGCAAAAAUAAAACUGUUAUAUGCAUGUACAGUAAUUAUCAGGUAAUUCAAAUGAAUAAGUUGCCAUUAGUGGUUAGUUUUAUCGCUAGUCACAAUUGUAAUACCGGCCAUGUAUUAUCAUUGGAAAAUAAGAUUGAUCCUAUUUUAAGUAGUUUAAAAAAUGCAGUAGUGGAAGCCUGAUGGUUACCUAUUGUCCAUUAUGGGUGAUAAAUGCUGAAUGUUAUUCAAUUAUGAAUCUACGAAUUGUUGCAAGUGUUGUAUGAACAGUUAGUGUUGUGUGAGGUAGCUUUAUUAUCUUUUUAAAGAACAACAAAUCUGUUCUCACAUUUCUACUUGCUUGCGCUUUUACACAACAUUGAAGACUUGUUUUAAAAAAUAAUAGUUAAAUAAUAUUUUGAAGUAAAAUUAAAGUAAGAAAAAUUCUGUGUGAGCUCUUCAAAGAUGCAUUCUCGAACUUAAAAAGUUUUGUUCUUUAUUUGCUAAAAAUAUAUAUAUAAUUUUAUAUAAAAUUAUUUUAUAUAAAAUUAUGUUAUUUAUGACUUGCUAUAACUUUUCAGUUCUUAAAAUGGUAUUAACAUAAUUUUUUAUAAAAUUAUGCUAAUCUAAUGAAAAAAUAAUCUAAUAGUGAACAAAAAUAAAUUUGACAAAAGAACAUUUUAAAUAAUCCAUUUUGUACCAGAGCAAAAAUAGUUACUUAAUCAGUCGAG